GCAGCUGUCUUUUCGCUGAACAGCACAGCGAUCGCCGAUAUUUUUGAGUUACCUGCAAACUUGCUACCUGCAAUCGGACCAGUUUUGAUACCGGCAAGUGAUUGAGUUUUACGUUCUGCAGAAGCGAUAUGAGUUUGAGGUAAGUUGUGGAGAAAAUGUGUACGUUAGGAGGCUAAGGCGACGGUGAACUCGACGUGGCACUGUUGGUGCAAUGUGAGGAGUUUGAAUGAAAAGGUGUUGUUGAGUCUUUCCGGACGCGAUUGUGCAGUUUUUAAAGAAAAUGAAAGGAGAAAAUUACAAAGAACUGCCUUUUGAUAUGUGAGGCUUUUUUUACUGAGACAUUUUCACGAAGUCCCCUUGAGUUUCAUGCCUACACUGAUUGUGACUGAAGAGAAGUGUAAGCUUUAUUUUUAGCGCAUAUUAAAUUCGAACAAUCUGUAUUUUUUUUUUAUUCCUGGUUUGAUUAAUGUUACUUUUUAUUGCUAAAAAGAGCUUUUUGCAAAUGUUUCUGAUUACUAUAUUACUUUGGUUGUUUUGCGAGUUAAUUUGGUUGAUGCCCGGUCUAGGGCGAUGGACACGAAAUCGAGAAGGCACAAUACCAAAUUUUCUAUGAGCUUAUUUAUAGGGCUGUUUAGCUUAAAAAUAAAGGAUGAAUCUCAUUUUAAACUUUUAUGUUUUUGCUUCACUAACACUGUAAUACUUGCAGGCUAAAAUUUAAACCCAAUGCAUAAAUUAUGCUUCUUUUCUAAACCAAUAUUUCAAAUAUUUAUAUUUUCACUUACGUUUUCUCACAGACCUUACACUGGAAGUAGACAUGCCAAGCUUAAAAUUGUUUGUAAAAAAUAUGCACAAUUUAAUGCAUUUGCGUAUGGUAUAGGUAAAUGCCCUCUUGCUAAUAAAUAAACAUAUGAAGUUUAAAUUUUUCGCUUUAAAUAGAAAAUUGUCGGAGUCUUUUUUUAACAAAUAUUAUUCAAUAAUUUGAACCUUUAAUUUGCUUUGCGAGUUUUAAGGAACAGAAAGUUACUGUUAUUUAAUUACAGUUUAGUGCACUCAGCGAGUGAAUUAUAAUUUGGAAUUUACCUGCACGAGUUCACUAACAAUGAACGAGAAAUUUCAAUACAGCCGAGUGGAGUAUUGAAAAUUUCAAAUUCAUUGUUAGGGAACGAGUCUAGGUAAAUCCUGAUAAUUUACAAGAAAUGAGUGCAUUAACAUUUUUAUUAUUCAAAUUGAAUACAAUGCGCAAAGCUGGUAAAACUGUUGAUAACACACAAAAACACCUCAACUAGCAUGAACGAAAAAUUUAAAAUUCGCAAACUUACCUUUCAAAACAGAUAUUGUCCAAGCAGUUGCCUUCUUGGUGUUUUUAGGAAUUGCAUCAUCAAUAAGAGAAUCAGUGUCAACAUCUGACAAAUCAUCAAACUUUGAGUCAACCAAAACCAUGGUGUAAUGUGUUGUUUUUAAAAAUUAUCCAUACCUUCCACACGGAAGGGAUUUUUCCUUAGACCUCCCCACCCCUCUGGAAAUUCCAGUCAAGCUUAAUACAUUUACUUAGAUUUUUGGGCCUUUGAGAACCCCCCACCCCCAAGGACUUUCCAAUCCCUUUCAUGGGAGGAGUAUGGAUAUUUUCUGGAACUGCACAAUGACAGUGGUGUGUUGAAUUUACACCACGAUAAUCACGUCAAGGUGGUUGUUUUGUCGCAACCCAGUAUCACGUAGUACAAAUUAGCCAAUCAGAAAACUGGAAUUCAUACAGUGUAUGAAAGUUGAAUAAUAACAGUAUUUAAAACACCAAAAUUGACCCUGUCACAUUUUAUAAGCAUGGAUCAACAAUGAUUUUUGGGAUGUCCAGUUAGAUAAAAUUGCACUCAACUCUGUCACAAGUGACAACCCUUGGUGCACUACAUAAUGGUCACUUACGCAAUACGAGAGGUGGUCUUCUACAAGAAAAUCAAGAAAUUGAGCGCAAACUGAACUGAUUAACAUACAUGUUGUAAUAAUAUAAAGUUAUUACCUUAAAAGCUAAAAGUUAGGCAAAUAGUCAACUGGCAAUAAUGUUUCACAUCGAAUAGAGCUUGGAACUGUUGAAACUUUGUACAUUACAUUUUGCAUCAAUAUUACAACCCACUUUUUUACCCACAGCUCAUAUUACAGCUGUCUUUUUUGUAAGUCAAUUGCUAUAAUCUGUCAGCAGGCUUGGUCAGCGCUAUCAAAAACUGAACUGUUGUGAAAUAUAUUCAAGCAAUAGUUUUCUUACAGUCAUACUUGAUCAUGCCAGGUGGUCGCUUACAGGAAACAGAAAAACAAAAGAGUAUGUCAAAUUUCUGGUUUAAAAAGUAGUUACGGUCACUAAGAAAUUUAAGUAGUGGUCGCUUACUAGACAGUUUUUGAAACAGUCUUUGACGGAGAAACAAAACAGUUAUUUUUUUACAAAGUGGUCAUUUAUUGGAGGUGGUCGCUUACGUGAGAGAGUUGGCUGUAGUGAUAUUAUACUGUCAUGCUAUAUUUUUGGAGGCAGAGAGAUUUGGGGAGGGGGGCCUCUUGGAAAUGUCCCAGUUAAAAAUAAUGCAAAUCGUCUUGCUUCAAAAGGCUAGGUAUAUAUAUCUCUAUCCCAUUCCACCAGUUAAAAUUGGCAGUAGCUAUGCACUCAACGCGGAAAGAAAGUGUAAUCAUGAUCUAUAUGUCUCAAAAUGUUAAAACACUGCAUCGCACAGUCAGCAGCCUAAGGAACCCCACUGUGGGGGUCUUGUUAUUCAUGAAUUAUGGCUGGAAGACAAAGGAAAAAUGAGAAUCAACCUAGGUUGAAAGAUUUUAACCUGAAUCUAAUUUUGACCUGUAACAUAUAUAAUAUGGUUGAAUCUGUGAGGGGGCAGGAUAAAGCGAAUCCUGUGUUCGGAUUGGCUACCAGAGUGGGCCAUAACAACACAUAAAAAGGACUUGGCUAAUAUCUAGCCAUCUUGACCAACAAAAAGUGGUCAAUAACAAGCAAGGACAUGUAACCCUGCUUCAGCGUUCCAGUUAAUUCUUUCAAGCAGAGGGUCAUGUAGACCAUCAGUUCUGAUUCAUCAGUUUUUCAUCAUAUUAUUUUAACUUAUUAACAUUAUUUUAUAGUUUAUCUGUCAGGUCAGGAAGCCUUCUUUAUCAGGUCAUAGACCCAAGACCCAUCCCUUAUCUCAAAAACUGCUGCUUAUGUUUGCUUCUGUUAGGGUCAACAAGCUAAAACACAUGACUCAUAAAAAAGAAAAUACCAUAAAAUUCCGAAAAUAAGCCCCUCCAUGUACAACCCCCUCCAAAUAUAAGCCCCCCAAACCGGUAACACAAAAAACCCUCCAUUAAAUAGCCCCUCCAAAUAUAAGCCCCCCAAACCAGUAAGGCAAAAAACCCUCCGUUAAAUCGCCCCUCCAAAUAUAAGCCCCCCAAACCAGUAAGGCAAAAAACCUUCCAUUAAAUAGCCCCUCCAAAUAUAAGCCCCCCGCGGGCUUGUACUUGGAAAAUUGCCCUCAAAUACAAAGUAAAACAAAGCAAAAACGGUAAAUUCACUUCCAACUAUAAGGCUAGCCCAAUCGACUUUGAAACACAAAUUUCCCUCCGUAGAUAAGCCCCUCCAAAAAUAAGCUCCUCAAAAAGGGCCUUUGAAAAAUAUAAGCCCCUGGGCUUAUUUUCGGAAUUUUACGCUAACACAUGUAAAUAAUAAUAAUAUUGUACAUAUACCCUUGUGGAAUUUUACCACUUUGAACACUGUAUCAAAUGAAGGCAUUUGUAUUGAAUGAUUACCUAAUAAACAAGGCCACCUUGAUCAUAACUUACUGGGUAAAUUCAUCUUGUUAACUACAAUCAUAUUAAAGAUAGCUGUACCGUUAUAACUGCUACAAUUACAUGCAUUAUAGUUUAAAAUGUGUUUUUAUUCAUGGAAAGUGGGGAGUUAAUUUUGUUUCUAUUUUUAGUUUCAUUUGAUAUCAAGAAUAUUUUCAAAAACAUUAAGUUGACUACAUGCAUAUUGAAAUUUUAACUAAGUUUGUUCUUUGUGUUUAAAGCUCACUAAUAUUGUUACCUAUUGGUUUUAGAGUUCAUGUAUGCACAUGGAAUGUCAAAGUUACACAGCCCCCAGAUCAAGACUUCAGACCUUUGUUGCAUCUUGACAAUGAUCAAGAACUGCCUGACAUUGUUGCCGUAGGGUAGGUUCUUAGACCCACGUACUUAAUCACAUAUGUCUUCAUUGGUGGCAGCUGUUAGCUUGACAAUUAAAGGGGCUAUAGUCACGAGGAUAUUGCUGUUGUAAAAUCAGCAAAGAAUACUUAUUAUUUCACAUAAAUUAUUUCAGUUGAGUGCUACCAUUUUGAAUACACAUAUAUUGACUUAUUUAUUUAUUUAUUUCCUAUUAUAUUAUUUAUAUAUUAUUUAUAUUAAGUUAAUUUGUUAGUAUUUAUCUUUAAGUCUACAGGAAGUUGAUGCCAAACCACAGUCAUUGUUAAUUGAAUAUAUAAAGGAAAACUCCUGGGUGAAAAUCCUACAGGCAUAUCUUGGAGCAUAUGGCCUAGUCAAGGUACAGUGUAUCACUUGGUACUUAAAGUGGCCUAAAGUUAAAUGCCAUUUUCCACUAUGACAGACUUAAAUUUAAUACAUGAAUUCUAAUGAUUACAUUAUUAUCAAUGUCUGAAAUUGAGCAGUAGUUUUCUUAGUUUUUUCCCUGACGGAAAAACAGUACAAGUUUACUGCGCAUUAGUAUUGAAUCAAGUAAAACUAACUGCAUGCCCUGGCCCCUUUCAAAAAAACCCGAAAAAGCCCAGAGAGCCAAGAAAAGACCACAGUUCCUGGCUCUCUUGGCCUUUCCAGGCUCUUUUGCACAUAAGGAAAAGCCUGGAAAGCGUGGAAAAUAUUCUCUUGGCUUUCCGAGCUUUUCCAGAGCCCAGCCACUCCUGGCUUUUCCGGGCUUUUUCCUGGUUUUUCUGCAUGUACAAAAAAACCUGGAUAGGCAGGAAUUUUACGCCGGAAUUCCCACGAAUUCCAGGUGCUCUUUUACAGGGGAAUAAAUAGCCCAUUCAUUCUCACCAUCUCCAGCAUAAACAAGAUAUUCCACAAGGAAAAAUGAUUUUUCUAUAUGACAGCAUCUAACAUAUGUUUGAUUGCAGUUGAAGUCAAUCCGAAUGCUGGGAAUGGUACAUUUGGUAGCCGUUCACACAAGACAUCUGCCUUAUGUUCGUGACAUUCGGCCUGGUUACUGCAAAACAGCUCUACUUGGACUGUUGGUAAACAAUGAACUUCAGUUGUUCUGAAAAUAGUGCAAUUACAUGAACUGAGUUCCUUUCUUAUUUCAUUUUUUCUUUAAAUACUGGGUACUUGUAACUACAAACCAAGACAGAACUCAUGUCAGUUUAAACAUAAUAAUGUCUUCAAAACACAUGAUUUAUUGCCUAUUAGACUGAAUUAUUUUUUAAAACCAUGCAACUUUGCAAAGUCACAUGUCCUUCAUUUGCCUCAAAAUCAUUAUAUAACAGUAACAGAACAUACAAGUUCUCUGUUGCAUCAAAAACCAAUGAUGUGAUGUCACAAACCAAUUGAAAUCUUGGCCACACUUUAUCAGGGUUCUCCCAAAGCUCCAGCUAGUAACAAAAGUCUCCAUCUGGUGGGCACAGUUGUGUCAGCUACAGGAUGUACUGAAAUGCUUUCUUCCGGGCCUUCAAUCCAAUUCUAAAUUUUCCCCUAGGAAGGCUACCAGACAUGGGUGCCCUUAGAUCUAAUCUAUUUCCACCUACUUAAAAUUUUCCCCCUUCUUCUCCUGAUUUUCUGGACAACCCUUUUUUAUUAAUCUGUGAUUACUAGUAGCUAGUUUUGAACACUUGAAGCCAUUAAUGUUAUUUUAGUGUACACUGUCAAGUCCUUUUUAAUGUAUUUUUGUCACAUUGUUUCCUUUGUACAAGUAGGGCACCAAAGGAGCAGUAUCAUUACGUUUUACUCUUUAUGGACAAAGCUUCUGCUUCAUAAACAGUCACUUCUCUGCUCAUGCUGAAUAUGAAGAACAAAGGAAUCUGGUAGUACAUCCAGUAUGUUUUUUUUCUGCACUAGUAGAGUCAAAUGCACAGCUUACAAAGUUGUUGAUGCAAUCUUGGCUUGGCUGGGUUUAUGCCAUAAAUGGUGGACAUUAAACGACUUUGCUUGCCUCAAAAAGCCAUUUUUUUUUCCAAAAAAGGACACUACCUUAACUCAGCCAUACAUUAACCAUGAUAAUGACAAUCUUUAUAAACAAUAAAUUGAUAAUUAUUAUUUAUUAUUAUAAACAAUUACUUAAUAAAUGAAUUAUUUACUUUUAUAAACAGUAAAUAAAUAAACAUUUAUUUAUUUAUCAUUAUUAUUAUUAACAGUAGUUUAUGCAAGACUAAUAAUAUUUUAACAUAGCAUACAUGUAAGUUCCAAAAAAAAUUUUAAAAAGCGAUGAUGAGGAGUUACUUUCAGUAUUGAUGAUCUGAAAAGUUUCACUUAAAAUGCCAAAUAAAAGUAAAAGUAAACAGCUGUCAAUCAGUUUAGUAAUCUCUCAUUAAUGUAAAUUAAACACAGUUCAGUCCACUGCAAAACAGCAUAUAAAUAUGUUAUCUUACUGAAAUUCAAAAGUAAUUCAUUUUAAUUUUAUUUAUUGCUUGACUGCACCUUGGUUAGUAACACGCACAGACCCACUUCAUCCUGUCUUUUGUGGAUGGUUUACGGAGUGUGUGUAUUUUUCGUUUUCUCUUUGUGUAGGAAUAUGAAAGCGUCAGUCAGCACUUGUCAUUUGUAAAUUGUACACCACAGAAAGCCAUGGAACACAGGUACAGUCCUUUAGACUCUAAAUUAAAAUGCUUUUUCAGAGUCUUACGUAUAGGUUAGAGUUUAGUUGUCCUAUUUACCUCUGUUUUUCCUUUCACUUCAAUUAGCCAUCAAUGCAUUAGUUUUUAUAAACUGAAGUUUUUUGUUUAGUUGAUUCAAUUUUUGUCCCGCAAAGGUCAUGUCUUAACUACACUAGCCACUGAUUACAGAAAACUAUUACAAGUAAACAAGGGACAAUGCAAAUCGCGAAUAAUAUUUGUAGACUAAAAUGGUAUUAGUAUGAAUUCUGAUGCAAAUGAAGAAAAUAACCACCAAACCUCAUACAGUGUAUUUCUUUCAUUCUUAGGCCCAAAAUAAAAGAAAAGUCAUCGUAUUAACCACCUAAUAACUUCGCUUGAGCAGGACCAUACUAGUGAAUAAAACUGGUCCUGGGUCGUUUAUAACCUCAGUUCGAUAGUCCCCUGUAAAGUCACUAAGAUGCAAUCAUUCUAUGUAUUUCUGGGCAACUCAAUCUCUAUUCAUUAACCCUCUCCCUUCUACCCUGCGAGCAGAGGUUUCUCUUUUACAUGGCUUUUAACAUUUGGCUUGUCUGUCACUUAGUUGGUGUUUCGACAGACAAGCCAUGUGAAAGACUUUGUAAACACUAAAAGCCAUGCAGAGAGAAACCUCUGCUCGUAUGGUAUCUCCCCUCUCCCCUCUCCCCCCCCCCCAAAAAAAACUACCGGUAAUCUCCCUCCCCCCCCCCAAAAAAAAAACUAAUUUUACUUGGAGAAGGUGACACUUAAGAGUUCAAUCAACUGGAAUUUGCAGACACUGGUUUUUGAGGAGAAGGAAAAACUGGAAUACCUUGAUAAAAACCUCUUGAAGCAAAGGAAAGAACCAAUAGCAAACUUAACCCACAUAUGGCAUCAACCCUGGCACUCAAACCCAGGCUAAAUUGGUGGGAAGUGAAUGAAUGCCCUGUGGCAUCCCUGCAACCCCUUCAAUAUAUCAAGAAGAUAUACUGUAUUUUUGUUUUUGUCUUGCUUUUACAGCUAUGUUUUUUGGUUGGGUGACUUUAACUACAGAAUAAAUGAAACCAUUGAAAAUAUUAAAGGUCUCUGUGGAAAACAAGAAUACUCAGCAUUAUGGCCACAUGAUCAGGUAUUCAAAUCUAUUCUGUAUAUCUACAUAGUGAUGUACAGUGUACCACUGUUAUGUUGUUGGUCAUCAACAGUGAUCAAAGAAGUUGAUCAUCACUCAAGAAUGGCAUAGAGAAUUAUUUUAGGACCUGUCUUUGAGUAGUCUCUCUUUUUUAUCUUUCAAAGACAGCAAAGCGAAUGAAACCUGCAUAGAAAAUCUAUGAGGAGCACCACACCCACGAUAAUUUAAUUUAAAGAUCCACAUUUUAACAGCAGGGCUGAUUAGUGUUUCUGUAAAGUGUAGCCUGUUCCAUGCUCUUAGUUACUUUUCAACGAGCAAAAAAAAAAGCUCCUACACAAAAAUAUGGAUAAGGACCAAAGCCACUUAGGUAUUAUUACUUUUGAAUUAUUUAAUUUAUUUUUUCGCACAAACCUUUCUCGUUGCUCGUCAGGUCUGACUGAGUGCUUGAAGCCGGCUAUCUGUAGUAUUAGUGACAGUUUGAAGUAAAGACUUAUUUUUGUCUGUUCUGCUGAUAAGCUGUUACAGAGUCAGAAGGAGGGCAAAUGCUUUGUGAACUUUCAUGAAGGUGAUCUCAAGUUUCCUCCAACGUACAAGUACAACCCUGGAACAAAUGAAUGGGACACAGAAAGGUAACUUAUAAGUAAUGUUACCUUUCGGUUAUCACACACAGGACCCUUGCAUAUGACUUAUUAUCGUAAUCCUGUUGUGUAGUGGCAACAAUUUAAAAUGAUAUUAUAAGCUUCGUUUGCCUUGCAAUAUCGGCAUCUAGGGGUGUUAAUUCAGAUUUUUCUUCAUGGGCUGGGAGGAAUGAGUAGUUCGAAGGUUAACGGUCAUCUCGCCACCAAGGAAAUCACCGCGAAAAAGUCUACUCGUCACCACUUACUUACCUAGGAUUUUUACUUCUUCGUCAAGCUCAAAUACAAAUCUGUCGAUCGUAAUUGACCAUCCUUACGAUUAAGACUACGGCUCAUCUGCAUCGCUCGAAAGGUGCCAGUUGUUAAAAUCCAGUAGCCAUUCUUAUGAAAUUAACGUAACUUUGUCACUUGACCCUUGCCUCAUUGUUAAAUUUGUGUGAAGGAAUUUGUUUUUGGGGACUUGUCCUUUUGCUAAGUGCUAAGAUCCAUUAUUUCUUGGUGGCGAGAUGGUUUGGUGGCGCAUUAAACUCUCUAAAAUCUUAGGAAAAUACUUAAUUCAACAAAAUGAAAAUUGCAAAAUUAAGGUGUUAAUCUUUAACGUUAAAGGGGUUUGAACUCUUUUUCCAUAAGAUAAAAAUCUAUUAUGGUUUCCUCUCCAGUGGGAAGUAUCGCAAGCCUGCCUGGACAGACAGAGUCCUGUGGCAAGUCACUGAAGAAAGAAAAAACACAGUUCAAAUGGAAUCGUACACAUCACAGCAGUCAUAUCUCGCAAGUGAUCACAGGCCUGUUGGCGCUACUCUCGUAGUCGACUUAAAUGUAGGCCAUCUUUCUGUACUAUUGAGGUUCUUGUCACUUUUUAAAGCGGUUUUGCUUUUCUUUCAUCAUUUUACUGGUUUGGAACGAAGUGAUGGUUUUUAAAUGGAUACAAAGGGAACGCACUGUUGAAAACUGUCAUAAAUCUUUCGCACUUACCUUACAUCUUAAAUCUAUACUUUUUUUGCCAAAGAUUGUAACAGCGUGUAAUUUUUUUUUUUUAUUAGGAUUCGAUUUCAUCAAUGGAGGACCCCAUCUCGUGGAAGUUAGAUCUUAUGAGUCUACCUUGGUAUGGAAAUGAGGUUAGUCAUUGUUAAUUGUUUCGCUCGACUAAUAAAAGCAGACGUCGUUAAUGCAAGGAACCGAUCACGUCAAAGUGUAGUGAGCGUCUAGCGUUGUGCAGCGCGAGAAAAACGCCAACUUUUUCCCCAGGGUCCUCUUUCUUCCUCCCUCAAAGAAGACAUAAGAGCCACGGAGUUUGGGGGAAAUGCUUAAUAGUGGGCUGCAAGUCAGUGGUUUGGGUUUUACAUGUGACGGAGCACGAGAUAGUUUUGUUUAUCACGAAGCGUGGCAAUGAAAGACCAAGGAGACGCGAAAUAUUUUACGACACUUUUAAAUCGAUAUAAAUAGCAACUUUAUGAAAGUUGCCAUGACAUCGUCAUGACACAUUUUACUUUUAUGGUUUUAUGGUACAUUUUGUAGAUCACAGAGAAUGUGCUCUCACAGUAUUUAAGUAUCGCACUGAGGUUACAUUCUCGUUGUGUGCAGAGUCCCUGUUAUUUGUCUCAUAGGAUGGUCUGAGUGUUUAUGUAGUGAAGAAUUACAAGACAUACAGCUGGGAUUGGAUUGGCCUUUACCGGGUUUGUGUUUUUUUUUUCUGCUUUUGUCGUUGUUGACUUGCGUUUUAUUGCCGCCAUGUCAAAUAUUCCUUUAUUUCUUUGCCUCCUAUCUGUCACCUCUCAUUCUCGAGUAAAGUAAACUCCGCAAAAUCUUGCCAGCGAAAACAGCUUGCCCACACGACAAAAUUUUUGAAGCCUACACGUUUACAGAAAGUUGUUCCGUGGUUUAAAAGUAGGACGCAGGGCUUGAAAAGCUUCCAGUCUGGUUGUCUAGAACAAGUAAAUUUUCCCUCAGGGCAAAUAACUUUUAAAGCUCACUUACCCAACGGCCCAGGGUCCAGGCAAGUCAUCCUCUAACAAAAUCAUUAACUAAGGCGAGCAAGAAGUGGCCUCAGGCAAGCAAGAGAGCUGCUUGCCCAAAAGACAAGUUGGAAUUCAAGUUUUUUUCGAGCCUCAAGGACCUGGUUUAAUUUGAAAGUAGUAGAAAAAGAGACUGCUCCUCCAAGGUCAGGGCAGUCGCUAAAAUUUCAAGUUGCCGGCUAUAUGCAGUUAGUAGGAGGGGAAUUGUACAGCUAGGAAGUUCUUUUGGUUCUAUUUUCUUUUUGUUUUCUUAAUGACAGUAGCUGGGGCUCACUGCAAGGUGCAAGACAAUUAAGGCAAAUGAGAAUACCAGUAUUACAUUACGUUUCAAAGUAACUCAAAUUGUCCUCUUUGAAACACGCAGGUUGGCUUUCAGCACGUCUUUGAUUAUGAGAUGUACGAGUGGGCCGUGGGAGACGGGGACGAGUAUGGCGAGAAUGGUUGUGCCGUGCUAUUCGAUUGCCUCCCGGAAGAAGCUGGUCAUUAUGUCAUGUGUUAUUACAGCUAUAAACUGGAUUGCAUUAUCUCCGUAAGCGACCCAUUCGAGGUAAGAAUAGUGUGUUAAUAUUGACCUCUAGCAAAGAUGAAGGCGAAGGCAACGAGAACGUCAAAAAAUCUAUAGGUGUAAAUUGAAUUUGGAAAACAUCAACUUUGCACGUACGUCACGCUUUUUUGUACAUUCUUUUCUGUCACUGUAAGACUACGACAUGAAAAUGCCUAAUUUUUACGUUUUAUGGGCGACGUAAGCAAGCGACGACGGUAUUUUCUUCUCAUUCUGAACUUGAGUAUGGUUCUUAGGAGUUCUGCCUCAGAAGAAUUCGCCUCCAUUUGACAAAGGGGCUGUUUACAUGACACCGGGGCGACUUUCGCUGGAGCGAGUUAACUCCGGUUCCCUCUCAUGGCUCUACAUUUGUUUACAUGAUACCACCACAAAAUGUCAUGCUGGCGCGAGUCACCCCGGCGUAAGUUCACCCUGGUUUUUCUACCGGGGCGAGAAUUUCACUCCGGUACGAAAUCUAACGCGAAAUGACCACACGUUUCGGUGUGAAAUCGGUCUGCCGGCAGACUAGAACGGGUUGCGCAUGCUUAAUGUUUGUGAUUUUGAGUCUUACGUGUAUUUUAUCAACAUGAAGUGCACCUUCAAAUAACGAGAUAUGAAAUGACCCAGUCAUAAUGUAAACGCGAUGCGAAUUAAAAAAGGCAUCCCGGUAUGAAACUCGCGCCGGUGCGAAUGAGUUGGAAUAAUCGCAACAGAGAUUGGAAGAAGGCAAAUCCUUUUUUUAAGCGACGUUUUCGCCGCGGUCGCCUUUGUGGUAUCUUAAAAUCCCCAGUGGUGAGUGGGUCGUGGAUGUUGACCACUGUAAAGCUGGAGAAAUUUGUAAACUCAAGAAACGCAUUUUGUUUUGGACUAACUCUUCAACUAACAUCUCUAACAGAUUCUUCCACCGCGAGAUGAGGACAAAGACCCAGUGGAGGUUCAAGUUGAACAGCCCACAGAGGAUGUGUGAACAGUAUCAAAGCCAAUAAACAAUAUCAUUAACUUUUGAAAUCCCCGUUAAGGCAAACAAUUGAGCCACCCUCCAAACCACAUAAAACUUACUAUUUACAGUCAACUCUCUCACUCUCAUCGGCAACCAUAACAAAGCCACUUACAUUUUAUAGUUGGUCCUUGCUGUUCUUAAGUCGUCGCUUUUCUGUGACUCUCUCUGUAAGGUGGAUUACUCUCUAAAACGGACUCUUAGUGCCCAAGCGGCGUCCGUCUUAGGCUACGUACAAACGGACGCAACAUUGUUGACCAACAACCCCAACAAUGUUGGAUGUUACAUGUUGCGUCUUCUUGCACACCCUGUUGAGUGUUGUUGGAAGUUGUCGUGCAAAGUUUGAUACCGGUCAAACUUUUAGCCCCGUCCAAACGGACGCAACAUUGUUGGGCAACAAUGCACGUACGUACCUUUAAAGACAGUUUGCUGCAGUCCUUUCUAUCUCUUCUAAUCGCCAUUUUCACCAUUUUCACAUCUCCUAUAAUACACCUUGUUUGCCACCCAAACCUUUGCAUAACCUUUGUUAUUGAUUUCUCCUGGGUAUUACAGUGUUCCCAAGAGAAAUAAAAGACAAUGUUUAUGCAAAAUUUUACGGGGCAAACAAGGUAUAUUAUGGGAGAUGUGCAAAUGGCCAAUUGAAGCGCACGUGUUACCAUCUUGACCAAAUUUCACGACCCCUCCCCUCCACAUCCCCAUGCGCCCACCCUUCCUCCCGCAGUGGCUGCCAUGUACCACCACCCGCUAUCGUUUCAGGUGCAAUUGUUUGUUUUUUUGUUUUAUUUUGUUUUGUUUUUUUAAAUUCAAUUUGGGGCUUUUAAAAAGUUUUCUGGAGCUAUCAUCAAGCAUUGUUUUUAUCUUUUCUGUUUGACUAGCAGAACUGGACUUUUGUUGUAAAUACAUGCACUUUAAAUUUAAAGAAGCUAUGAACAGAAAAAGGGGCCAAAUUAAAAGUAUUUUGUUGUAUAACAGCUCAAUUGAGGGAAAUAUUAAGGUUGAAAACAUAGAUACUACCGCGUGGGUAUUGACUGUGCUCAUUAUACCAGUUGCGCAAUACUUAAGAGUUGAUUUUUCGAAGUAUACGCACCAGGCUUUAGGUCGUUGGUGUCUAUACAAUGAAAAAUCAAGUGGGAUAUUCUCGCUAUCUCAUUAGGAAGCACUAAUUAACUCUGAAUUAUCCCGACGAGAAAUACACUUUUAGAGCGGUAUAUCAGUUGUAGCGUACACUUCUCUUUCGUUUAGUUUCGAUUUACAGCCUCAGGAACCACCGCUGAACAUAACCCAUGGGAUACCGUAGAAUACCCAUAUUUAUGGCAUGCGAUAAAUACUGCUACUUUUUUUCUUAGUGUUCAAGCACUAGUGGCUGGUAGGUAGAUAUUUUUCGUUACGUUUGUGUUUAGCAAGAUUGUAGUCUGGCCGUGUAAAUAAAGUGUACAUAUUAAGAGAGAAGGUGACAUCUUUAUCGAGUUGUAGUCGAACUUCACUUCUUGAAAAAGCCAAUUGAGGAAAACUACCACCUCCUUUACAUAGUGUACAUUUUGCGAACAUAAUCCUUUAGCCGUAAGAGAAUCAGCAUUUAAUUUCUUGUUAAAAUAUCACUGCUUCAUUGAACAUAAGCCGGUAAUGAGAACGAUCCAGUCCAAAGUCAAUAAUUUAAAAAAGCGAUACUACAACGCAGUUGUUUUCAGUAUUAUGCAAAAUAAAAAUUGAUAAUUUUCGUAAAUUUUAAGUUUAAAAGGUCCGAGGAAUUCCGUUAUAAUAGACGUCGGAAGAAAGAGUAACUUACGCGUAAGGACUUCUUAAUGUCUUUAUUAAGUAAUUAAAAUACUGAAUCCUAUGUAUCUACGUUUACGAGACUGAAAUAAAGGCAAGAUAUAUUUGCAGCUUACGGGUUUAGCUGUUGUAUUUGCACGUUGGAAUUUUUCAUUGUUUCUAACCGUAUAAUAUAAAUACUCCAACAGGCAAAUGAAUUCACCCUUAAUUGCACUGAAGGAAGUAUGAUUUACUUUUAGCAAUUAGUUAGGUAGUUAAAAUCAGAGAAAAUUCGCUGAAAUAUGAAUAUUUAUUUAGUAGUUCUUACUUAUCUAGAAAUAAAAUGGUAAUGGAC